GGCCUAAGAGCUUAGCUCACCUUUGGAGGUCCAGGAUCUAGUGGCUCUGGAGAUGAGCGGAUUGGAGCUUCAAGAUGUGCCAAAGGACUUCACAGUCAAUUUGAAGUAUGUUCACCCUUGCACGGGAGGGAAAUGAAAUGGCCGAUUUACACACAGCCAGCACCCUCAAUCAACAAUGAGAGUAUGUUCCUGUUUGUGUGAUUACUGAAGCAUUCUAAUUCCAAUAUAAACGACAAGAGGUUCCUGGCCAAGAGCACGAGUUGAGUCGUCAAUAUGUCAAGGCAGUUUGUUGAGGAGGGAGAGGAAGACCCAACGGAGUACUGCAUUGGAGGUUACCAUCCAGUGAAGUUAGGAGACAUUUUUAAUGGAAGAUAUCAAGUAAUGAGAAAGUUGGGAUGGGGUUUUUACUCCACAGUCUGGCUUUGUUUGGAUCUGCUAAAAAAUAAAUGUGUGGCAGUGAAGGUGGCGAAGAGUGGAAGUGGGUUUACAGAGGCUGCCCAGGAUGAGAUCAAGAUUCUCAGAUGUGUGAGAUGGAAAUACUCAAAGGACCCAGAUAAGGAACGAAUUGUCCAACUAUUAGAUGAAUUUAUAAUCAUUGGUCUGAAUGGUGUCCAUGUGUGUUUAGUUACUGAACUACUAGGUAAUCAUCUUUAUCAUUGGAUUAUUAAAUCCAAUUGGCAGGGGCUACCCAUGCCUUGUGUCAAGAAAAUCAUUCGACAGGUUCUACAAGGGUUGAACUAUCUGCAUACCAAGUGCAAGAUUCUGCACACGGAUAUCAAACCAGAUAACAUUCUUCUCUGUCUCAACCAACAAUAUCUCAAUCAAAUAGCUGUUUCUGUGCAACCGGGAACUGGAAAAGAUGCACAGAGUCUAACAGGAGAAAUUAACACAGAACAUUCACUUCCGAACCCUUUGGAUCCUAAAUAUGCUGAAGAAAUAAGUGUAAAGAUUGUGGACCUGGGAAGCGGUUGCUGGACAUUCAAACACGUUACAGAAAAGAUUCAGACAAGACCGUACCGUGCACUGGAGGUCAUCCUGGGUGCUGGUUAUGGGCCACCUGCUGACAUUUGGAGCACAGCUUGCGUGGCAUUUGAGCUGGCAACGGGUGAAUACUUGUUUGACCCUCGACCUGGAAAGACCUUCUCUGAAGAUGAGGACCAUAUUGCACAUAUUAUUGAGCUGCUUGGGAGAGUCCCUUUGAAGUGUGCACUCUCUGGAAAGUAUUCCAAAGAUUUUUUCAACCUUAAAGGUGAGCUACGUCAUAUCAAGACACUAAGACCUUGGGGAUUAUAUGAUGUUCUCGUUGAGAAAUAUGACUUCCCAUUGGCUGAUGCAGCAAUGUUUUCAGACUUCCUUCAUCAAAUGCUUUGCUUUAUACCAGAAAAAAGGGCAUCUGCAGAACAUUGUCUCCAACACCCAUGGCUGAACACUAAAGUCUCUGAUGCCUCUUUCAGUUAGAUUUGUAUUAUCCAUUACAAUAGAGGUGACAACCCCUAACACAUUUUAUAAAUUAUUCUGGAGUAUUGAGAAGCUCAGAGCAAAAUCCUUCUGGAUAUUAGGUGAAUCAAGUGCAAGAAAAUGGCAUUGAGGAAGAGGCUGACCCAUGAUAUUGCGGACAAGUGAAGCAGGCUCAAUGGGCUGAGUGGCCAACUUCUUACUGUGAGUUGUUUUGGGCCCCAUAUCCAAGAGAGGAUGUGCUGGCAAUGUGAGAACAGCAACCUGAGGCUCAGCGUGGACAUGACAAAAGAGAUAGUAGUUGACUUCAGGGAGGCACAGGUUGACCACCCUCCGUUGCACAGCAACAGCUCUGAUGUGGAGAGAGUAAAGAGCACAAAGUUCCUUGGUGUGCACGUAACGGACAAUCUAACCUGAACUUGUGAUACCUCCUCACAAGUCGAGAAAGCACAACAGUGUCUGUACUUUCUGAGGGGGUUCAGGCAUGCAAGCCUCCCCUGCUCCCAUUCUAACAACUUUCUCCAGGAGUGCCAUUGAGAGUGUCCUGCCUGGUUGUAUCAUUGUGUGGUAUGAAGGUGCAAAGUGCCAGACUGCACGAUCCUACAGAAGACAGGAAAACACGCCAAGAGGAUCACUGGGGUCUACCUCCCCCAGGUUUGUGACAAUUAUUUGUUUAAUAUUUGUUGGGAUUCAGCACGGAACAGGCCCUUCUGACCCUUCGAGCUGCACUGCCCAGCAACCCCCAAUUCAACCUCAGCCUAAUCAUGAGACAACUGAGAAUGACCAAUUAACCAGCCUACUGGCGGGAAUGGCUUUGGCUGUGGGAUGAAACUGGAGCAUCCGGAGGAAACGCACACUGUCAUGACGAAAAUGUACAAACUCUUUACAGACAGCGGUAGGAAAUGAAGCCAGGUCACUGAUACUGUGAAGCAUUGUGCUAACCACUACAUCACUGUGUCCUGGGAACGCCGCAAAUACAAAGGGUGCAAAGCAUUGUUGAUGAUCCCUAUCACCCAUUCCACAAUCUCUUUGAUUCACUAUCAUCAGGAAGGAGGCACAGGAGCAUCAGGACUAGGACUGCCAGACUGGGUAACAGCUUCUUCCCGGCCACCACCGAGGUCUUGUCACUAGGACAGCAAGCUGUUUACUGUCUACUUGUGCUGUGCACUACAUGUACUUGGAAUUAUAUUUUACUAAAUUAUUUGUGGUAAUAUUUUGUUUUAUGUGCUGUGUGUGAUACAUGUUUUGUGGGUGUCCCGUGGU